CACAAUGCACGGCGCGACUGUCAUGGCGGCGCUCGGACUAGGUGUCUGAGGGAGGAGAGAUUCGGGAGCUCGGAGACGGGAAUCAAUGGCCGCGGUCUUCGGCAGGGCCUGGCUCUGCAGGGCCCUGGGGAACACGGGCCGCAGCCUCCGCACUGGCGGCCAAGGAGCAUUUGUCUUUCUGCAAAAUGACCGGAUUCACAGAGUCACCCGCUCAUUGGCCAGUUACUACGGGCACAAUUCAGCUCUGGGAAAGAUAUUGGGUGUUACAAAGCAAGAAACUGAGGACGUUGGUGGACAGUACCCUCCUGCUGUUGCUGUGACUAAAGCUGAGCAGGACAACCUCCUCCUCCAUCAGCCAGAUCAGCCUGAAAACUCACGAGUGCUGAGAGUCGCCAUCAUUGGGGCUCCGAAUGCUGGUAAAUCCACCCUGUCCAACCAGCUUCUGGGCAGAAAGGUCUUUCCUGUUUCAAGAAAAGUCCAUACAACGCGCUGUCGAGCUCAAGGAGUCAUCACUGAUGGAGCAACACAAAUAAUUCUUCUGGACACACCUGGUCUCGUUCCUGCUGUCAAAGCAAAAAGGCAUAACCUGGAGAAAUCGCUGUUGGAUGACCCCUGGCAUUCAGUGAAAGAAGCAGACCUGGUGCUCGUUUUAGUUGACAUCUCUGACCACUGGACACGCAACAAGCUCCACACUGAAUUAUUGAAAUGUCUUUCAAAAUAUCCCCAUCUCCCAGCGGUUCUGGUCCUGAAUAAGGUGGACUUGUUAAAGAACAAAGGCCUCCUUCUGGAAUUGACAGUCAGGCUUACUGAGGGAGUAGUGAACAAUAAAAAACUGAAAACAAAGUCGAGGUUCAACUCUCUGCUACAGCAGAGUACUUUGUCCAGACAUGUGUCUGAGAAAGGCAGAACCGGGAGCAAAGUAUGUUGGGGUGGUGAACUACCAAUUGAAACUGGAGGCUGGGAUAGGACAUUUGUAAUGCAUAAGAAAACCCCCACUGCCCAUUUGCAGGGAGACUCUGAGUUACCUCAUGCAGAGGUACCCACUGACUGUGUUUCUGGCAGCGACAGCAGCAGACAGCAACCAGAAGAUACAGAGAUCAAGCGGCAUCAGGGAUCAGCUGGCCAGUAUGGGGACUCGGGGGACUUGAAGCAUCAGCAGGGGUGGCCUCACUUCAAGGAAGUGUUUAUGCUUUCAGCUGUCAAUGGGGAGGAAGUGGAGACUCUGCAGCGGUACUUGAUGUCAAAGGCUCAGCCAGGAUCCUGGGGUUAUCACAGUGCAGUCGUCACUGACCAGUCACCUCAGGAGAUUUGCUGUAACCUGAUCCGGGAGCGAUUGUUGGAGUACCUGCCUCAGGAAGUGCCGUACAACAUCAUUCAGAGCACAGAACUGUGGGAAGAAGGACCGAACGGGGAGCUCCGAAUUCUACAGAACAUCAUGGUUGCUAGAAAGAACCAUGCGAGAUUGUUAAUUGGCCAGGGAGGUCAGCUGAUCAGUAAAAUUGCCCACGAUGUGGGACAGGACCUAAUGAAUGUCUUUCUCUGCGACGUGCAGUUGAAGUUGUGUGUGAAAGUGAAGAAGUGACUGCCAUGUUCCCGGACGCUUGCUGCCCCUCGCUGACCUGACACAAUGUCCAAACUUGGCUGUGAAUGCAGAGUUUCCUCAGUGAUUGUAAUCCACCUGUGGCAAACCUUCAGAUGUCCGUUAGAGAGGGUGAGCCAUUUGCCUCUUGGAAGAGGGCACAGGAGUUUCCUGGCAACACAGAUCAAGGUUCAUUUUUGUGGACUCAAUUUUAAAAAUAUCUCGUUUGCAAUCAGUUCUUAUUGCUGGGCAUCUUGACUGAAGCAAGUUGUGGGGUAGGGUUGAAAGCAGCACAUUAUGAUAAUGAAUCUCAGAGCCUGUCCUGAGGCCUUUUCCUGUUAGCAAGUCAAAUCAUUAGGACAUAAGCGUGGUCUUACAAAACCCUAUGUAUAGUGCUUAAAUCAAUGUUCUUUUAUUAUUCAUUCUCAGAAUGUGGGCAUUAUGCUAAGGUUGGCAUUUAUUGCCCAUCCUUGGAAGCCAGACUUAGGCGUUUUGUUACAACUGCAGUGUUUGCUAGGCUGCUUCAGAGGACAUUUGAGUCAGCCACAUGAUGUGGGACUGGAGUCACAUAUAGGUCCUGACUGGGUAAGGACUUCUCCUGAAGUACAUCAGUGAACUGAUUGGGUUUUGCAACAACCCGGCAACUUCACGGUCAUUUUUACUGUCUCAGCCAUUUAUUUCCAGAUUUUUCAAACUGAAUUCAAAUUCUCAAACUGCCCAUCAUGGGAUUUAAACUCACGUUCUCUGGUUCAGCAAUACAAGCACAGCACAAACAUUCCCUAAAACCUAUUAGUUUGUUUAUGCCCUGUGCUCCCGGUACUAACAAAUUUUGGUACAUGGAAUUAGAUUGAUUCUUCACUGAGGCAUCAGUACUGAGGCUGUGUCAAAACCUCCCACAGAUAAACUGAAUGACGAGAGCAGGGCCUCGCAGGUGCUUUGACCAGGGCCUGUAUUAUUAUUAUUUCUGUAACAAAAUCACUUGGUGUUUAACGGGGUAAUUGAAAAUCAUCAUCUUUUCCCCUCUGGAUUAGGAAUCUUGCUCAGCCUGAACUAUUGGGCUGUGGAGUUUAUUUACUUUGGUUUGAAUGUGUUUAUAUUGGUCAUAAAAUGUCAAGACUCCUGUUAAAUGAUUAAAAUGCCUUGAGCAAAUUCCUUGUUUUCUACCAA